AUGUUCAAUCGUGGCAAUAUUCCAAACCCUUUCGGCUCCAGAGCAGAGUCCGGACAGCCGUCCCCGCAGGGUUACUCGAACCCCAACCAAGCACCCCCACGGUAUGAUAACAAUCGCAAUCCUUUAUCCAGUGCAGGAUUUGCAGCUCCUGUCCGCGAUAACGAUGUACCGAUGACUGAUGCGUUUGUUGAUCAAAGGGGUUACGGCGGCCCACCAGCACCUGGAGGAAGACCUCCGCAGCAGAUGCCAUCUAGAAUGCCAGCAGGACAGCGAGGUCCAGGCCCGACUUGGACUCUUCAGCCAAGCAAGAGUCCGAACGACAACUACACCUUUGGUAACCUUGUCGCCGUUUCGCCACAAGACAUCCCACCUUCACGAGACGGCGCCGAUGUCCUCCUCCUCAUCAACGAUCUCUAUGUCUUCUCCGCUCGCCCUCUCGAUGGCUUCCCCCCGGGUCUUAUGAGCAUGUCAGACCCCCAGCGAACAUGGGCGAAUAUUGGGUUGAGAGAUUCGAUCAAGGUGCAGCUGUAUGAUCCGUUCAGCCAAGGCGGGCAGGCCUAUCUGGGCUCUGCGGAUAUUGAAGUCAGCUUCGCAUCUACCAAGAAGCGUGUCGAGGCCCCUUAUGAUCAGGAUGAUUUGGCAAAGGCCGUGAUUAAGAACUUUGAAAACCAACUAUUCUCGCCCGGCCAGAGAGUCUUGAUGGACCAUAAGAGCAUUCCCCUUCUUCUGCAGGUCAAGACCGUUCAACGGGUUGAUUUGACAUCGGAGAAGGUAGAUCUCAGCUCUGGCCAUGUUGAAACUGACCCUGCAGCUAGAGGUAUCCUCACACGACACACUCAGCUCAACUUCUUCAAGGAUGCCCAGACCGGUAUCAAUGUGAAGGCAUCUAACCGCCGCCCAGCGGCCAACUCCAUCAUUCAACCCGGCUUUAAGUUUGAGGACAUGGGUAUUGGUGGUCUAGACUCUGAGUUUAGUACAAUCUUCCGUCGUGCGUUCGCGUCUCGUAUCUUCCCUCCUGGUCUGGUUGAGAAAUUGGGUAUUCAGCACGUGAAGGGGCUUUUGCUUUAUGGACCUCCCGGAACAGGUAAAACCCUGAUUGCUCGACAAAUCGGAAAGAUGCUCAAUGCCAGAGAGCCCAAGAUUAUCAAUGGUCCAGAGGUUUUGAACAAAUACGUGGGUCAGUCAGAAGAGAACAUUCGAAAGAUGUUCGCCGAUGCCGAAAAGGAGUACAGAGAAAAGGGCGACGAGAGUGGCCUCCACAUUAUCAUCUUUGAUGAGUUGGAUGCCGUCUGCAAGCAACGUGGUAGUGGAGGUGGUGGCGGCACUGGUGUUGGUGACAGCGUGGUUAACCAGCUUCUGUCAAAGCUAGAUGGUGUUGACCAGUUGAACAACAUCUUGUUGAUCGGUAUGACCAACCGCAUGGAUAUGAUUGAUGAAGCCCUGCUGCGUCCGGGUCGUCUGGAGGUGCACAUGGAGAUCUCGCUCCCAGACGAGCACGGUCGAAGCCAGAUUCUCAACAUCCACACCGAGAAGAUGCGGAACAACAAUGUCAUGGAUGUCGACGUUGAUCUGACUGAGCUUGCUCAUUUGACCAAGAACUUCUCCGGUGCUGAGAUCGCCGGUCUUGUCAAGUCAGCAUCAUCCUUUGCGUUUUCCCGUCAUGUCAAGGUCGGCACCAUGGCCAGCAUCAAUGACGAUGUGGUGAACAUGAAGGUCAAUCGUGCCGAUUUCCUUCAAUCUCUCGAUGAAGUCAAGCCCGCCUUUGGUGUCUCCGAAGAAGAGCUGUCCAGCCGUAUCCAGUACGGCAUCAUGCACUACUCCCAAACCAUCAACGAAAUCCUACGGGAAGGUGAGCUAUUCGUCAAGCAAGUCGGCCAGGCCGAGUCAACACCACUCUUCUCUGUUCUGCUUCACGGUCCCACCAGCAGCGGCAAGACUGCCCUGGCGGCACGUAUUGCCAUCAACUCCGGCUUCCCCUUCAUCAAGCUCAUCAGCCCCGAGGACAUGGUCGGCUUCAGCGAACCAGCCAAGAUCUCGCACAUUAGCCGGAUCUUCGACAGCGCUUAUAAGAGUCAGACAAGUAUCGUUGUCAUUGACAACAUUGAGCGAAUCAUUGACUGGGUGCCAAUUGGUCCUCGCUUCAGUAACAGCGUGCUACAGGCCCUCAUGGUCUUCCUGAGGAAGCAGCCCACCCAUGGUCGUCGCCUGUUGGUUCUGGCUACUACUACUGAGCGUGCGUUGAUGAAGCAGCUGGACAUCUACAACUCCUUCAACUCGGAUAUCAUGGUUCCCAACGUUGGCUCAUUCGGUGAGCUGAAAUAUAUUAUGGAGCAAUCGUGUGCAUUUGAUGCCCAAGAGAUCGCACGUGCCCUUGAGGGUAUUGGCGGUCUUGCUGAUGACGGACGCGUCAGCGUUGGUAUCAAGAAGGUCCUUUUGGGUAUUGAGACGGCUAAGCAGGAUUCUGACAAGGUUGGCCGGUUUGUUCGUGUUAUCAACCGAGCUAUUGAGGAAGAACAGAGCUUCCAGUAA